UAAUGCAGAGCAAAGAUUGUUUGUUGUGGAGUUCUUCAUACCCAAUCAUUAUUUACAUUACAAUAAUUUGAUGAAGAUUUGAAUAAUCGAGCGAAAAAGUAAACUUCAUUAGAUUUAGCAACACUUAGUUUAUUUCUCAAAAAACAAUGAAUCAGUUAAUUUUAGUACUAUUCUUUGGAUUGGUGAUAGCGCAAAAACCAAUUGUUAAAAAACCUGCAAACAGACUUCAUAUAGACAUUGAAGAAUGUAAAAAAACAUUGUAUCAAAACCUGAAGGGUGUUUCAGUAAUAAAAGCAACAGAACUGUGCACGCGUGUUGAUGAAUGUUUCGGCGGAAUGAAAAAAAUUGGACCAGAUCCCGCAGAAAAAUGUCUAAUUAAAGCAUGUGCUGAUAGCCGUCUGAAGUGGGAGACUGAUAAACAAUGCCGUGAAUUUAUGAACAAGUUGUUAGAACCUAUCGAAACGUAUGACCCUAUGCAAGCGGGAGAAAUAUCUAAUUAUUUCCAAUAA